GUUGCCUCAUACCUUCCGCUGUCGUCUUUUUGUUCACUAUGAAUCUGAAACUAAAUACUAUAUUUCAUUUUUUAGUAUUUUUGUCAAGUCUUUUAGCAACCUCAUGGUCAGCCGCCACCGAGUCCAUCAGGGCAGUAGACUCUAAACCUUCUGCCACAGAGGCAACUGUUGUUACAGUACCACCUCCAAGUAAAUCUGCCAAAGUAACCUUAGAGGCUGGAGAACUCACAGAAGUUUCAACCAAGAAACCCCUUGAAAAGAAAGAAGCAAUAAGCAAAACAACAACAACACGAGCACCGGAAGUAACCACAAAGACUUUGUAUCGUCUCAACGCAGAGGGAGGCACAGCAUGCAUCCUGCUAAGGACCGACGCUCUCAUAGAGUUCACGUACACCACAAGGCUAAAAGAGGAAAUCGUUAAAGACAUUUACGUGCCUGAAACAGCGGAAACAGACGGCACAUGUUUAGAAGACGAAGCACGACUGGAACUUAAGUGGCCUGAUUUUAAUCUAAAAUGGUAUUUUGAAAAGACCCCUGGAGGAGAGAGAUGGUUUGUCGACAAAAUAGAAUUGUGGUUUGACGCUGGAAGCUCUCGACUGGAACACAUUAAAAAUCCAGACCAGAAGCUGACACUGUCCACCCCCAAGAGUCACAGCGCGUUGUUGUAUGUGACUCCAGUGGGUCAAGCCUACACCUGUCUGAGAGAACUAGAGGUCAAGCUGACCAAUCCCCGUAGCGACAUCAAGGCCACAGUGCUGCUGCGAGAGCUGGAAGUACAACCCUUCAUAUUUAAAAACAGCAACUUCGGUCCAGAAUACCAUUGCCCGGCACCAGGACAAAGCACGUACCGCAGUGAGACGGCACCUCUUAUCGUUGGCAGCAUCUUAGCCGCCGCCUGCCUCGCUACCAUUACCGGCUACAGCGUCUUCCGCUACUUCAAGAUCAAGAAGGUCCAAUAUGACACCAUGGAGUAAUCAACUCGGUGCUGCUUUCAUCAUUACUCUAAGCCAUCUCACUUUCUCCUAUUGGUAACUAAUUCAUUGUUUUAGCGAUAGUCAAACACCACUAGAUAUUUGUUUUCAAUAUUUACAAGUUUUAUCAAAAUAAGAUUUUGAACUAAAAUUGUGUACAGUAUUUUUAAUGGAUGGAAAACAUGGAUGUUUCAUGGUUGCGAUUUUAAGUCUAUUACUUUUCUAUUGCUAGGUGGAGUUAACAAAAGAUUGUGCUUCAAUUUUGUAAAUUUUCAUUCAUUGGUAUAACAUCUUAUUUAACCUAUUAUACUGCACUGGUAGUUAAUGUUUUACUUAUUUAUUUAUUGUUUUUAUUAAUGAUUGUUUCAACCAAAUUCGCAACAUUAUUUUCAAGCACAAGCAAAAUAUUUAUUUAAUUUAUAAAUACAGUCAAACCUCUAUAAGAUGAAUUUCAAGAGGUAGGGGAAAGAUUUGUACUAUCGAGGUACUGUAUUCUUAAUAAGCCAAUAUAGUCACUUACUGUUUACUAACCCUUGGAUUCAUUUCUUCCCGUGAUUUUAAAAGUGUUAUUUCUUAUAUAUAAGAAUAAAGCUAUUGUUGAAUCACCUCUAGACUACCUUGGGUGGAUAGUGAUUAUUGUUACUAACUAAACAAAUUAUUUGUUUGCACCCACUGAUAAAUAAAAUAACAGUUUUUGUGAAAUUGUGCCUUUAUUCACAUGGUUUACAAAAAAAAAUUACUAUAGAGUGUUUUUCUUUUAAAUUAUAUAUUACAACCCUCUCUAGUCAGAUUUUCAAUCUAUAACUUACUAUCCUAUGAUUAACUCUUAUCCUAUAAUUAUUUUUUCAACAAAUUAUUGUAGUAGGCUACCAGUCUGUGUUGAGGUGUUUUAUGUUUUUCUAAAGGGCAGUGUAAUAUUUUUAUACUACCUCAAUCCUCAUUUAAAAAAAUAGUACAGGGGAACCUCUAUAAAAAGACUUUCAUGGGGAUUAUUAAAUAAGACUUGUUAUCAAGGUUUGAAAUAACAUGUGAUUCUAGAGGAUUUGAAAAUGACACUUGACUUGUUAUUGAGGUUCCACUGUAUUACCAUUGACUAUUGGAUACUGAAGUAGACAUCCCAUAUACAGGGUGUCCAUAAAAAAUGUUUCAGGACUUUGGGAAAUGAAUCCUCAGCCUAAAAGGAAGAAAAGAGUUUAUGUGAAGGUAUGUCCGAAAAAGCAUACCCAGUUAUCUGCCACUUAGUUUUUUAUACAAAAAUAUUUUUAUCUGUUAAGUUUUUCAUUCGAUGGUAACCAU